AUGAUUUCUAAAAAUGAGGAGAGUUUUACAGACAAUGUACAAUCUGAAAAGAAAUACUAUGAAAGUGACGAGGAUAUUCAACCAUUAAAGGUGGGAGAUAUCAUUUAGAAUCGAUUUUUAAUAAGUCAAAAAAUUGGGGAGGGUUCAUUUGGCAGUGUCUUUAAAGUGCUUGAUAGAAAGAAUAAUAAUGCUGUAUGGGCAAUGAAAGUUGAAGCUGAUGAUGAUGAAAACAGUUUGCUAGAAAGAGAAAUAAAAGUUCUAAUUGAAUUAAGAAAGUAGUAAGGUUUCCCACAAAUUAAAUUUUAUGGAUAAGAAAGAGGAUAUACUUAUUGUAUUAUGACAAUGUUAGGAAAAAACUUAGAAUAAAUUUUUAGAAAAUUAGGAGGAGUGCUGAAUAUAGCCUCUGUAUUAAGACUAGCCAUUUAAAUGAUAGAUAGAAUUUCAGUUAUGCAUGAAAAUAGAUUUCUCCAUCGUGAUAUUAAACCUGAUAAUUUUGUUCUUGAUUUAGGACCCAAUGCAAAGACUUUAUAUCUAAUUGAUUUUGGGUUGUCGAAACAUUAUAUAAAUAGUAAAGGAGAACACAUAGCAUAUGUAAAGAAGGCAGGACUAAUAGGAACUGCUAGGUAUGCGUCUUUAAGUGCCCAUGAAGAAAUGGAAUAAGGAAGGAAAGAUGAUCUGGAAAGUAUAGGCUACGUGUUGAUUUAUCUUGCGACAGGAAAUCUCCCUUGGAUGAACCUGUAAAUAGAUUCAAAAAAUGCUAAAUAUGCCAGAAUAUAUUAGAUCAAAAAAGAAAUCAAGACUGAAGAUCUUUGUUAGAAUCUACCUAAAUGUUUCUAUUUCUUUAUGAAAGAUGUGAAAUCUCUAGAAUUCCAGGAAUCCCCCAAUUAUAAUAAGUUAAAGUCAUAUUUUGAGAGAGAGAUUGAAAACCUUAACUAAUUAAAUAUCAAUGGUUCCUCAUUUACAUAUGAUUGGGAAAGACUACCAGAAUACAGCAAACAAAAGAAGCAUAUGACAAUUCAUGUUAUGCAAAAUCAAGAAAAAAGGUAAUAAGUAGAAAUUGCAUUCAACCCACAUAAAUUAAACCAGUAAACAAAGGAUUCCUAAUAAAAGUCAACAUAAAAUUAAUAACUUACCUUUGAAUAGAUCAUGAAUGAAAAGAGAAAGGGAACCAAAAAGACUGUUUAUAGUCCUACAGGUAAAAGUAAGAAAUAACCACUCAUGAUUAACAUUGUAGAAAAUAAUGAAUCCAAUAAAUAAAAUUUAUUAUCUCCAAUUAGCCCUGAUGAUAGUCGAAUUUUCAGGGCGCAGAAUCAUUCUUCCACAUUACUUCAAAAUCCUCAACUCAACUCAUCAUACUAAUUAGAAUCAUUUAUUUUGCCUUCUGUAGCAACUUCAAGAAUAAAUAAUUAUUUUGAGAGCGAAGGAGUGGUUAGUGAAGGUGGAGGACUGCCUAUAUGGGAUUUGGGCGAUGGAUCAAAACCUGAAUUCUAGAAAGUGACACGAAUUUUGGAAGGAAUCAAGAAACCUAGUAUAAUUAUAUUGAGAAAAGAAAGGAAAGCACAUACUUAUACUGUUAAACUAAUGUAGGAAUUGUUUGUUCCACCAAUCAAAUUGAUUGGAGACUAAGAAUCAAAUGUUGAAGGUUUAGAAUGA